AUGAAUAUUAAUCAGUAUUCCUUUAACUGUAAUAAAAACCAAGUAUCUAAAAAUUCGACUGAAAGGAAUCAGAAUGCCAUGGAAGCGCUCGAAUCAUAUGUUUAUAACUAUGAUAAUAUUAAGAAAUUUCCCUCUAAUUUUGAAAACAAACACACAUCUGAUCUAAUAAAUAAUAAAUCAAAAGAUGGCAAUCAAUAUGAUUUCCUAUAUUCAUUAUCACAUAAAAUAUUCAAUUUCCAAUCUAUAUCAUUAUUUAUACCAACAAUUACAAAUAUUUUAAAAAAUACAUCAAAAAACCAAAAAAACUAUUUAAUUUUGUGUUGUUCUCAUUUUAUUAUUGCAUUUCUAAUGUGGAAUUUCAAAUAUGCACCAUUUUCUUCAACAACAUUAGGAUCUAUUAUCAUAUAUGAUGCUGUUAAUAUGCUAUUUAUGUUUUUGUUAAAUAUUUAUGAAAAGUGUGAAAUCUGGCAUGAAAACACAAUAAAGAAUCCUUUUGGUUUAAAAAGAGUCGAAGUUCUUGGGAAAUUUUCAAUAGCAAUAUUUUCAUUAUAUAUAACUAUAAACUCCUUUAAAAACAUUAUAGAAGAAAGUAUUCUGGAUUCGUUUUCAGAAAAAAACAUUUUAAAAAAAUCAGAAUUUAGUCAAAUAACAUUGAUUUUUUCCUUCAUAACUAUUGUGAUUUCUAUUAUCAUGACUACUAUUUCAACUAUUUACUUUAAUAAUCGUUUUCAUCUAUCUAAGGGUAUCUUUUCAUCAUCAACGGUUUUUCCUACACUUUUAAAUCCUUUUUAUUUAAAAUCUCUUUUGCCAUUAUUUAUUUUUCUUUUUAUGAUUUUGGUUUCACCUUCUACAAUAAAUACUCUUGAUAAAUACAUAUCACUAUUAUUUGAAAUACCAAUGUGUAUUUUAAGAUAUAUUAUUAUCAAGAAAUUAGGAGGAAUAUUAAUAUUGUCAUUUUCUGAAGAGAAUGUUCAAACUUGUAUCAAAGAGCUUGAAAAAGAAACAUUAAUUCAUUCAAUAAAAUUAGCAUAUAUUUGGCAACCAUAUUUUUCAUUUUAUAUUGCAAGUUUUAAUAUAUCAACUAAAAGUGAUGAAAGUAUGAAUUUUAAAAUUCAAGAAUUUAUAAAUAAUAUUUUGUACCGAAAUUUUAAAAAAGUAAUUAAUAAUCAUGAAAAUGAGAAUGUAUGGGAAAUUAAUGUUUCUAUUGAAAGGAUAUCUGUUUAA